AUGCGUUCCAGUAUUAAAAACAAGACAGUCCUCAUCACAGGAGCCUCUGCCGGAAUCGGCUAUGAAACCGCACACGCUUUUGCUGACGAAGCCGAGGGUCAAUUGAAGCUGAUUCUCACUGCUAGAAGAGUUGAAAAACUAGCCGAACUCAAGGCUGAGUUGGUGAAAAAAUACAAGGAGAUCAAGGUGUACACUGCAGGACUGGAUGUCAGCAAACCUCCAUUGGUCAAAGAGUUCGUUCAGUCAAUUCCAACUGAAUUUGCCGAGGUUGAUGUUUUGGUUAACAAUGCUGGUCUUGCCCUGGGAAGAGAUCCCGUUGGGGAGAUUGAUGUCUCGGACAUUGAGACAAUGCUGGACACCAACAUUCUUGGACUCUUCACGCUGACCCAAGAGAUCUUGCCUGGAAUGAAGAAGAGAAACAGAGGAGAUAUUGUGAACAUCGGAUCGAUCGCAGGCAGAAAUCCGUACCCAGGAGGAGCUAUUUACUGCUCCACCAAAGCCGCCGUGAAAUUUUUCAGUAGAAGUUUGAGAAAAGAACUCACCGAUACCAAGAUUAGAGUCAUUGAGGUCGCUCCUGGUGCAGUCAAAACUGAGUUUUCUCUCGUCAGAUUCAAAGGAGACCAGGCCAAAGCCGACGAUGUUUACAAGGACAAGGAGCCCUUGGUUGCUCAGGACAUUGCGGAUUUCAUCAUCUACGCCUGUACUCGGAGAGAGAAUGCGGUUAUUGCCGAAGCCGUGAUUUUCCCGACAUACCAAGCUUGA